AAGCGGAGGGCGAGCGCGGAGGAGGGCGGCGCCGGGCCCAGCGGCCGGAGGGAAACUUUGCUCCGGGCCCGCGACUCGGAGGCGGCCUCGGGCGGAGGUCGGAGCCCAGGUCCCGGAGGAGGGCGCCCGGCUCCCCGCGCCCCGCCGGCGGCCCGCCUGCAUCCGACCGGCCGUAAGGUGAUUCCACCCGACACACCGAGGAGAGCGUCGCUGAAGAACGCGGCCGGCCACGGCGUGAUCGGACGCCCCCGUCAGUGCGGGUCGCCUUCCAGGCCGACGCAGCCAGGGCAUAAAGUGUGCUUGAAGCGAACUGUUCGGCUGACCCCCAUCAUGAACCGUGCUUUUAGCAGAAAGAAAGACAAAACAUGGAUGCACACGCCUGAAGCUUUAUCAAAACACUACAUUCCCUACAAUGCAAAGUUUCUUGGCAGCACAGAGGUGGAGCAGCCCAAAGGCACCGAGGUCGUGCGGGACGCCGUGAGGAAGCUGAAGUUUGCAAGACAUAUCAAGAAAUCUGAAGGCCAGAAAAUUCCGAAAGUUGAGUUGCAAAUAUCAAUUUAUGGAGUAAAAAUUCUAGAACCCAAAACCAAGGAAGUCCAGCACAACUGCCAGCUGCACCGAAUAUCGUUCUGCGCCGACGAUAAGACGGACAAGAGGAUCUUCACUUUCAUCUGCAAAGAUUCCGAGUCCAACAAGCACCUGUGCUACGUCUUUGACAGCGAAAAGUGUGCGGAAGAGAUCACUUUAACCAUCGGCCAAGCGUUUAACCUGGCAUACCGGAAAUUUCUGGAAUCUGGAGGCAAGGAUGUCGAAACUAGAAAACAGAUCGCAGGGCUCCAGAAAAGAAUUCAAGACUUGGAAACAGAAAACGUGGAGCUUAAAAACAAAGUGCAGGAUCUGGAAAACCAGUUGCGAAUAACGCAGGCGUCAGCCUCCCCACUGCUGCUCACGGUGCCUGCCCACGGGCCCCAGCGCUGUGCGUCCCCGCUCUGGCGCUCGAGUGAGGACUCGCCCCCCUGUCUGCACCUUCCCCCCAUUCCCGCCAGCCCUGCUCGCGGGGCCGCCUCCAGGCUGUCGCUGGGGAUAACACCGCCGGCUCCUAAGUGCGGCCUUCCCCGGCCCGUCAGUGAGGGCCGCACCCCGAGACCGCAUGCCGGCAGCGCGUCGCCUCAGUCGCCCUCCACCGACAUCUUCGACAUGGUUCCCUUUUCCCCCACCUCCCACCCGCCGGCCGUGCCCACGCCCAAUGGCACGCAGCCGCCCCCAGUGCCCGGCAGAGCUGCCGAGAUCAAACGAGACCUGUUUGGAGCAGAGCCCUUCGACCCGUUCAGCUGUGCGGCAGGCGACUUCCCUCCAGACAUUCAAUCAAAACUCGAUGAAAUGCAGGAGGGGUUCAAAAUGGGACUAACUCUGGAAGGCACGGUGUUUUGUCUGGACCCCGUGGACAGCAAGUGCUGAUGUCAGAGGAGAGCGCCUGGUUCGUGUUAAACUUGUUUGAUCUGCACGUACGUCUGUGAUUGCUUUACAACAGGUCUUACCCAUGUGCCAAUAUGUUUUUUAAUAUCUUCACUUUCUGAAAAUUAUUUCCGCAAAAUUUCCUCAUACCUUCACUAUUGACCUGUAACAUUUUAUUUUAAAAACAACUCACUGUAUUCUUUUAUGUUCCUGUCUGUUUCUGUUGUAAAAGAAUUUCUAAUCAGAGGACAAAUGAUCCAAAUAUCUCUCUUGUGUUUGAGUUCUACAGCAUUCGCACCUUGAAAUCUGUGUUCAGACUCCAGGCUGCUAGUUUAGUGC